AUGACUAAAGAUGAUGAAGCUGAUCAGCUAAAGAAACAAAAACGUAUGUUUUCGUUUCUCCUACUGAAGAAAGUUCCUCCAGUACCAUUGCAGGAUGAAAGAAGACCCUUUCCAGAAAGCCGUGCCAACAUAUUAUCCAAAAUCUUCUUCUGGUGGAUUAAUCCCAUAUUGAAAGUAGGUUAUUUGCGUACAUUAGAACCCGAAGAUCUCUUUCUGUUGACAGAAGACAUUACGGUUCAAUCAAUGUACUUGAAAUAUAAAGGUCUGGUUGCACAACUUCAACAUAAAUUCAACGGCAAGCUUUCCAUUACAAAUGUUUAUAUUUUAUCAAUCAUUGACACAUUCAAGCUUGAAUAUGGGUUGGCAUUUACAUACUUAGCUAUAGCGAGUUCAGCAGCUUCAUUAAACCCCCUUCUUUCUAGGCAUUUGAUUGAGUUUGUUGAACUGAGAACAGGGGGAGCUGAAAAAUCUGCGGGCAAAGGGGUUGGUUACGCUAUAGGAACAGCAGUCAUGAUAUUUAUAACAGGGAUAUUACAGAACCAUAGUUUUCAGAAAAGUAUGACUGUUGGGGCAAAAGCAAGAGCUGUUUUGAUUAAGGAUAUCGCUGAAAAAUCUUUCCGAUUGAGUGAGUCUUCAAAACACUUGUACCCAACUGGUAAGAUAAUGUCAAUGAUAGGAACUGAUAUCUCAAGAAUAGAUUCUGCAUUAGGCUUCUUUAAUAAUUUGGCUACAUUUCCUAUUACAUUUGUCAUAGCAUUGGUCAUUCUUCUCGUUAACAUAGGUGUUUCGGCACUUGUUGGCAUUGCACUAAUGAUUUGCUUUUUAGUAUUUCUAUUUAUCUGUACCAAAAAGAUGGUCAAGUUUAGAAGAAUUGCUAAUAUUUUUACAGACAAAAGGAUUGGUUACAUCCAAGAAGUAUUGAACAAUUUAAGAAUGAUCAAAUACUACUCUUGGGAAGAUCCGUAUUUCAAUGAAAUAGAAACCGCACGAAAGAAAGAGAUGCACAAUGUCCUUAAGGUUCAAGCCCUAAGGAAUUUCGUAAUGGCAGGAGCCUUGUCAUUUUCCAAUAUCGUUUCAAUGGUCUCCUUUCUUGUGUUGUAUGCAAUCUCUGAUGUAGGUAAUAUUUCCGGUAUUUUUGCUUCACUCUCUUUGUUCAAUCUUUUAGCUCAACAAAUUUAUAUUCUCCCAGUCGUUCUGUCCGCCUCUGCUGAUGCAUACUUGGGAAUUAAAAGAAUUAGCAAGUUUUUAACAUGUGAAGAAAUUGAGCAUAAUGAUGAAAUUCCGACAGUUGUUUCUAGCAAGAGAAGCAGCAAAUCUUCUCUAGACAUGAAGGUUGCAAUUGAAAUUAAAGAUGGCGAAUUUAUGUGGGAAACUUAUGAUGAUACUUUACCUGAAAAUGACGAAUCUAAUGGUUUUACGGGACUACAUCACAUUAAUUUCGAUAUCCGUAAGGGAGAAUUCAUAGUGAUAACGGGGCCAGUUGGAUGUGGAAAGACCACUUUACUUAAUGCCUUUUCGGGUUAUUUGAAAAGUAGUUCUGGCAAAGUCCGCAUUAAUGGUAGUUUACUCUUUUGUGAUCAACCAUGGAUUCAAAAUGCCACAGUCAGAGAGAACAUAACAUUUGGGUCUUCGUUCGAAGAGGAGAAAUAUCGAAAUGUUAUUAGGGCAUGUUGUCUUGAAGAAGAUUUCAAAAACUUCGCAGCAGGGGAUUUAACAGAAAUCGGCGAAAGAGGUAUAACAUUGUCAGGAGGCCAGAAAGCAAGGGUAAACCUAGCUAGAGCUGCGUAUGAAAACAGAGACAUCAUUUUAAUGGAUGAUGUCUUGAGUGCUGUUGAUUCUAGGGUUGGCAGAAUUAUCGUUCAAAAGUGUAUUUUGGAUUAUCUCUCUGACAAAACAAGAGUGCUUGCUACUCACCAAUUAUCAUUAAUAGGUUCUGCUGAUAGGAUAGUAUUCAUUAACAAUGACGGAACUUUAGACGUGGGCUCUUUACAAGUACUCAAAGAGCGGAACAAAGCGUUUUCUCAAUUAAUGACAUUUAAUGAAACAGAGACUACUACUGACACAUCAGAAAACAUAGAAGAUAUAGAAGAAGAAAAUGAUGACGAAGAAGAUGAUGAUGAUGAAAAAGAUGAUGAAAAAGCAACAACGAAUGAGUUACCUAUAAGCAAUAUGGAGGAUUCUAAAAAUGCACAAUUAAUUGGAAAGGAAAAAAGAGGUGUCAACAGGAUUCCAUUUAAAGUCUACAAAAACUUUAUGAAGUUUGGAUCUGGAAAACUUAAUCCUAUGGUGUGGAUACUUGUGUACCUAACUGCCACUCUGUGUGCUGUAUUUUGUCAACUUUUUUCCAACGUUUGGUUGUCAUUUUGGGUUGAUCAAAAAUUCUCUUUAAGGCCGAACAGUUUCUACAUCGGUCUAUACGUGAUGUUUUCACUUCUAACUUGUGUUUUCUUAGUAGCUGAGCUAUUGAGUAUCGUAAGUUUGAAUAACAAAGCAGCCUUGAAGUUUCAUCUUAUGGGCAUUAGAAGAGUUCUUCAUACGCCUAUGCUGUACAUUGAUACGACGCCAAUCGGAAGAAUUCUCAAUCGUUUCUCAAGAGAUACAGAAGUUGUAGAUAAUGAAAUGGGAAACCAGAUGAGAUUGCUGAGCUAUAUUUUAUCAAUGGUGAUUGGAACAUUAAUCAUGUGUAUAAUUUAUCUUCCGUGGUUUGCAAUAUCUGUCCCGUUUUUAGCUUUUGCAUUCAUAUCUAUUUCAAGUUUCUAUCAAGCAUCAUCGAGGGAGAUAAAAAGGUUAGAAUCCGUACAGCGUUCUUACGUGUAUUCUGGUAUUGGGGAACUACUCAAUGGUCGUCACACUUUAAAGAUUUACAAUGUCGAAGAUUUGUUUUUAACGAAGUUAAGCAAAGCGAUCAAUAAUAUGAAUGAAGCUUACUUCCUAACAAUAACUAAUCAAAGAUGGUUAGCGGUUCAACUUACUGUCAUAUCAACCAUAUUCGCACUCAUUAUCUCAUUCUUAUGUGUUUUCUCUGUUUUCAACAUAGGGGCUUCUUCAGUAGGUUUACUUCUUUCUUACGUCAUCCAAAUUUCUAAUCAGCUAAACACAUUGAUGAGAGCAAUUACACAACUCGAGAACCAGAUGAAUUCUGUUGAAAGGCUUAAUGAGUACGCGAUGGAAUUGAUUCAGGAGAACCCAUAUAAAAUUGCACCCAACGAACCACGCACAGAUUGGCCUGAAAAUGGCGCCAUUGAGUUUUCCAAUGUCAGUAUGACAUACAGGACAGGUCUUCCGAUGGUGCUCAAGGACGUCAAUGUAAAUAUCAAACCUAGAGAAAAAAUUGGUAUUUGCGGGAGGACUGGAGCAGGAAAAUCAUCAAUAAUGGUAACCCUUUUUCGUCUUGUUGAGUUAGCAAAGGGUACUAUAUAUAUAGAUGGUAUCGAUAUCUCGAAGAUAGGAUUACAGGAUCUAAGGAUCAAAUUAUCAAUCAUUCCACAAGAUCCAGUUUUAUUUAAAGGUGAUAUACGUCGAAAUUUGGAUCCGUUUGGGCAAAGUAGUGAUGAUAAAUUGUUGAAAGCAUUGAAAGAAGUAAACUUACUCGAUGACGUGGACUCGGCAAAUUCUCUGAGUAAAUUUGACUUAGACUAUAAAGUUGAAGACGAAGGCACAAAUUACUCGCUAGGAGAAAAGCAAUUACUUUCUUUUGCAAGAGCUCUAGUUCGAAACAACAAAAUAUUAAUUUUAGAUGAGGCAACCUCUCUGGUCGACUAUGAAACAGACCUGAUUAUUCAAAAAACCAUUGCUGAAGCAUUCAGUCAAUGUACCAUACUUUGUAUCGCUCAUAGAUUAAACACGAUUUUGAACUAUGAUCGAAUCAUGGUGCUCGAUAAAGGAACUGUAAUAGAGUUUGACACACCAUGGAACUUGUAUUGCAACGAAAACGGUGUUUUCAGAGAUAUGUGUACGAAAGGUAAUAUUGGUACUUCUUCAUUUACACGAAAAGAUUGA